GUGAAACCCAAAGAAAUGAAAGCUUUCUUUGGAUUGCUGGCUGAUGAGCUGAUACAAGAUUUUUUAGAAGCUGAUAGUUGUAUUAAGAUUUCAGAUAAGUACCUGCUGGCCAUGGUAUUUGCGUAUUUUAAACGAGCAUGUUUUUCUAUCAGAGAAUAUACCAGAACUAACUUCUUCAUGGCACUAUAUUUAGCAAAUGAUGUAGAAGAAGAUGAUGAAGAUUUGAAGUAUGAAAUAUUCCCCUGGGCUCUGGGACGAAGAUGGAAAGAUAAAUACCCCCAGUUCUUGUUACGUCGAGAUAGAUUGUUUAAACGUAUUGGAUAUAGAGCCGUUGUCAGUCGACGGUGCUGUGAUGAGAUCAUGGCCCUGACACCUAGAAAUCUUUACUGGAAUCGGGAACGUCCAGUCCAUCAUGCUGGUGCUAUAAGAAACUAUAUGAGAGAACCUGAUGAUGAUGGCUACCCUCGGGGACCUGGGGCUUCCCCGAGAAUCUGUCGAGAUUGU